UAGACGUCGAUCCGAAAACUUGUCCAAUAUGACUUCCAUUAACCUGCUUGUGAUUAUCUACGUGACCAUGGUGAUCUUUGGCUACUGGAGGGCCGAGGCCAGACGCCCAUCGAAGAAGCUGAACUACUACAACUACGACGAAGAGUCGGAUGUCUUCGAGCGGCAGUUGGAUACGGACUAUCAGCUGCAGCCGAAGUCGCACUCCGGCGAUGAGGAGGACCCCAUGGACGAGGCCCUGGACACCUCGGACCUGGAAAUGGGGCUGCAGAGUCGCUUUGGCCGGAAGAAGCACCGUUCGCAGCGCAAGCCAGCAGCCGCCAGGAAGUUCCCCUCAUCCUGGUCCAUGCUGGUCAACGAGGCUCACGAGGGGGAGAGGCACUUCGAUUCGGACUUCAAGAUGAUCGACGAGGAGGAGGAACAACAUUAA